UUGCGUCGACAAGACAAGGACCGUUUGUUUUUGGAACAGAACUCGAUAAGCUUCUUCAAAUCAGAUAAUCAGAUUAAAACGAAUAUUACACAUGAGGGAGCUUUAAAUGGAACUGAAAGUAAAUUGGAGAGCAAGGGGCAACAAAGCAGACGGCUUACACUAUACAUAAGACAUGUUGUGGAUGUGUCACCACCCUUGAUUAGGGAAGAGGGGGAGGAAAAAUGGGAAGGGGAGGAAAGGAUGGGAGAAGGAAAAGGACAAACGGCACUCCUACUCAUCGGAAGAAACGCAGCCAUUAAAGACUAUGUUCCUAGUGUGGACGAGUGCGGCGGCGUGCUGAUACAACAACACGCCGCCGCGCGCGUAUGUAUACCAUGGUCCGGUGGAGGGGAGCGUAUAUAUGCAGCUGUGGGUGGAGCCUGUCUGUUGCAGCGUGCUGGCGAACUUAGUGUGGUGGAGUACGGCCUCGAUAGAGUACUACAAACCGUGAGUAUAGAUCAAGAUCUACACAAUGUCAAUGUCCGUAUCAAUGAGGGCAGGAAGACGGAGGAAGAACGAAAACACUUCGCCUAUCUGCUGACAGACAGACGAUUGCUGUUAUUGAUCUUGUUACAGUUAGGGCCAUGGUGGCACGAAGCUCGGGUGGAUUGGUUGGAGCUGACUGAGAGCGGACAUCUGCUUCUGUUCCGUCAUACUAGACGACGACUUGCACUUCUCCGUAUUGAUACCGGUGAAAAGGAAAUUAUCGGGAGCGGAGUUAGUUUCGUGCAAUGGAUAGAAAACAGUGUCGCUGUUGUAGCCCAAACCUCAACACAUUUGCUGAUUUGCAUUCCAUGGAUUCACCGUGCGGGUGCCGGGUCCAUCGCGUUGCAGGGGGAGGAGCUUCAACAGUGCCUGGGACUUGCGACCCAAGUGUAG